GAGGCGGAACCAGCGAGGAAGAGGAAACAGGAAGUGCGUCCCCACAAAUCGCAGCACGUAAACAACAAAAAAACAGAGAAACUUUGUGGGAAUGGCUGGUAUUAAAGCGUUGGUUGGUUUGUCCUUCAGUGGAGCCAUCGGCCUGACUUUUCUUCUCCUGGGAUGUGCUCUGGAACAGUAUGGGGUAUACUGGCCGAUGUUUGUCCUGAUUUUUUAUGUAUUGAGCCCAAUCCCGACCUUUAUAGCCAGACGCCUCAGUGAGGACACGGACUCAACCAGCAAUGCUUGCAGAGAACUGGCUUACUUCUUGACAACUGGAAUAGUAGUAUCAUCAUUUGGAUUGCCAGUUGUCCUAGCUCGCAAUAGAACAAUUCAGUGGGGUGCCUGUGGUCUGGUGAUGACUGGUAAUGCUGUCAUCUUCCUCACCAUCCUUGGCUUUUUCGUCGUGUUUGGAGGUGGGGAUGAGUUCAGCUGGGAGCAGUGGUAGAGUGUGUCUUGGAUAUGGAUGGUUAACGUGGGUGGACAUCUGAGUGGAUUGCAGAGUGAGAGGCACAUGUGUCUGACCAUCAGUGUGGAUUAUUUUCAUAUAUAGACCUUGCAAUGCCAAAUUUAAACAAGAUAUUAUCAGGCUAAUUUUGAUGUUAGGGGGAUAGGAGUUGAAGACAACACUUUGUAUCCCCAUUAUUGUGCCUUGUGUCUAGGACCAGAGAGACUGAUGCUGAUAGCUGUCAUUAGCUACUAUAAUUCCUGUAUUUUAGCUUGUUUUGCCUUUAAGCCUUCCUCCCCAAUGCAGCUAUGUGCUAAUUCAUUAUGCCUCAGUAACUCAAUCUUAUGAAGGCAUUCUAAAGAGUAACUUCACUGUAAUUUGAAAUGCAGUGCUCAAAGCAUUCCCUGUCCUUGUUGGCUGAUGGAAAUGUUUGUGCUGAACUACAGCUUUCUGUUUCGCUUAUUAUUAGCACUCAGUGUUUCCUGUUUAUUGAGAGGGUGUUAUUAUAAUAUGUGCAAUUAAUCAGGAUCACAUGUAUUUGUAAAGCAGGUUAUAUGCAUUUUUAAAAAUAGUUUAUAAGACCUAAAAGGACACUUUUUCUGAAUUAUUCAAAACAUGUUCUAGUGAAAGUGACCCUUUACAGUCUGACUUUAUUUGGUCUAGUUGUUUACGUUCUCACCAAAGAUCAAUUUACUCUGUAAGUUGGAACAUUUUCAUUACUGACGUGUUUUGGCCUGUACCAAGGAGAAUCAUGAUGCUCAAAUGUCAGAGACAGCACUUGGGAAAUUGCUCUGUCUUCAUACCUCUAAGCUCGCGUGUCACUCAUCAAAAUUACUUCUAAUAUUGAGAAUCAGGUUGUGAAACAGAUUUACAUGUUGGAUGGUAACUGUGGUACUGUGCAAAUCUUUUAGGCAUAUAUGAGGUGCUUAAACCUAUAAAGUGCAAAAUAUUGAGCAUUUAUUUUAAAAAAAGUAAAAUAUGUAAGAGUUUUUCAUCUUUAAAAUGAUAUAUAUAGAAUUUCUUUUCAGUGAUAAAAUUACAUAAUUUCUAUCAGGUUAAAAAAAGUAAAUCCUUUUUUUUUGGUUCCCUGAAAUUUAUAAGAAAAUUGAGUUUAUUUAAUCAUAUUUUACACUUUUUUUUUUUAGCAUGACCAUCAUUAGCUGUCUUUGUAUUAUGUAUCAUGCCUUUCACAUCCAAAUAACUCAAGUUUUUCUUUUUUGUCUAUUUAUUUUGUGUUGGAUUUUUAUUGUUUUUAUUUAUUUUAAUUUGAAAAUCAGGUUUACCAUACAACAUUAUAUUUAAUGCAUUUCUUUUUAAAGAAAUACAUCUGAAUAGGUUGUAUUAUACAACUUUCCAGCAUCCUACUUCCUGUAAGUUAACAGGUCUCGUAAAAACAUAUCUUAGAAUUUGGAGCCAAAACUACAUUAUUUGAUGCAUUAAUAUAAUAUAAAUUAGGAAUUUAAUUUUUUUUUAGAAUUGUAGGGUGCCUAAAAUAUUUGUACAGUCCUAUGUGAAGUGUCCUAAUUGAGAAGGCUUUGCCCUGAAACUCAUAAGUGCCUGUUGUACACUUUAACACGUGAGCCUUUAUUUUUAUGAGAUAUGUAAUUACAUGUCAAUAUCAUCACUGCAUAUUUUCAGCACUGUGACAUAUUUUUAAUGAGGUACAAAUAUUUGUACAAUUUGCCCACUUCACAAUGGCAGUCUCCCAUAUUUUGUUCUGCUGUUCCAAUCCGAACCCACCUCACUCUGAAAACACUAAUGAGCUUUGAAGAGCUCUGAGAUGAAUUUAAAAUUACCUGACUGCAUUUUGUUUUCUUACAUUGAUUAAAACUCUGUAUAGCAAAA